AUGAGACUUUUGUCAUCAAAAACUCUGAUCCGGGCACAUGCCUUGUUUCUCUUCGUUCUCGCCGUGUACCUGAUGAGGUCGCCGGAAGUUGUCACUGAUUCUGAUGUAGUGUUCAUGUUGGGAGAAGUUUUGCAGAUAGAUGCAGCUCCGUCGCUCUCACGCUCCCAGUCCCCCUUUGCUCUGUGCGGAAUUCUCCUCAUCGCCAAUGCCUUGGUUGACUUUAUCCUCGUCACCAAACUUCCCCGGAUGAAUGAAAUCAUUGCCAUGGCGGAGGCUUCUAGGUCCCAGUCUCCUGUUUCCGUCGCCGGGCCUUUGCGAAUGAACCCAUUUAUGGCACGUCUAGCCUCUCUCUACUCCGAGAUUUGGACCCUGCUUUCCGCCUCGCGCUUUUGCCUCUUCUUCGCCGUAUCGUUUUUCAUCUACCAGAGUAAGCCGUCGGCUUGGGGAGUGGACGUUACGAGGCCACCAGUACCUGCGUAUGGGGCAGCGCAAGAAGCUCCUUCCGGCCUCGACCAAUUGAAGGACCGGGUGAUUUUCACAUAUGGAUUCAUGGAGAUGAUGUUUUGGCUUUGGAUUUUUCUCACGGUUCGUGAGGAGCGGCAAGAGAUCACUUCCCUUUUUGCGGAACAGGAGCAAUAA